AGCGAGCUGCUUUGUGUGUCAUAUUAUUCUUCAAAAUACGAUUAUUUCUUAUAAAUUAUUAUACAAUAGCGAUUAUUAAUUCGCACGAUUAAUUAGUUCCCACAAUAAAUGAUACGUAAGAAUUAUGAAGACAGUUAUUUAAGUAACGGGAAAGCAUGAUACAUCGCGUGUUUAAUAAUGUAAUAAUAGAUGUAUAUCGUGGGAUUUAUAUUGAAAAUAUACUGUGCUUGUAAUAUAUUAUUGAAUUUUGGUUAUAUAUUUUCUGGCAAUUUAUCUCACAUCUUAUUAGCCAUUAACUCGUCUCGCAUAGUAUCGCGCAAUCGCAGAUUAGAUUAGUUUAGGUUUUCGAGUCUCGAGCAGAUUAUAGUUUUUGCUUUUAUUCUUCUGUCGCAAUAUAAUAAAGUGUACGUCGCGUGCAAUCAAGAGUGUCGUACAGUGUCACGCGACUGAAUUCUGCUGAUUAGCGCGCGUGUGAUCAUAAUUAACCUUGUUUUCGCGAGAGAAUACGAGUGCAAAGCAACAAUGAAAGAUGACCAAGAGAAGAAGAGGUCACCCGGGAAGACGUUUUGUGACAACGGAACAAUCGUGAAAGAGAAGAUGAAUAAGCUGUGCCGUCAAGUCUCGAUCGAGAGCCCGAGCGUGACCGGCCGGGAAUGCGUCUUCAGCUUCGAUGUGCCCGUACCGGAUGUGCCGGCACACGGUGCCCGCAUCCGGGUGAUGUGCGCCGGUGCGUGUUACCAUCCCCGACGAUCGUCAAGUCUGACCAGUUUGACCUCGGUGUCGAGCGGCAGCAGCCUGGCCGCCGAUAUGUCAAUGGAAAGCGACUACCCGGUGUCCCUGCCGCAUCACGGAGUGCGCGAUGCCGCUCUGUUCCCCGGCUAUGAGGUGGCCGGCGUGAUCGAGUCAUUCGGCACUGAAGUGUCCGAGGAUUGCGGACUCGCCGAGGGCGACCGCGUUGUCCUCUAUCCCUACGACGGUAUUCCCAACGGCUACGUCGAAUACCUGGUAGUGCACGAUCUCAAGUACCUGAUUAAAAUCCCAGAUACUAUGUCGCUCAGCGUGGCAGCUAUGCUGCCAGCUGGUGCGCUCCUCGCUAUGAAUACCGUCUUCGCUGCGCACGAACACGUGCAGGCAUUAUUGAAAGAGAGAGGAGAGAAGAGUGUGUGCAAGAUUCUAGUAGUUGGUACUGGUGGUCUUGCUUUGUGGGCUCUUAGAAUUGCGUCGUAUUACUUCAGCAACAUGAGAGAUAGAGUUACUACCACCAUAGCCACUCUUAAGGAUGGUGGUCUCCUGAUAGCUCAAGAAUUCCAACGCAGUAGUCGGCAUAUCGAUUACAGGGUAAGCGUAGUACAGUGGAAUGAAGACCUGUACGAAAAGCAGCUGAUCGAGCGCACGAUGAAUGCUUGCGGUGGCCAAGUGGACGUGGUGAUCGAUUUCGGCACAACAUCGCGCAACCUCCAUCGUAGCAUGCAGUGCCUCAGUAAAGGCGGCAUAGUAUUCGUGAUCAAGGAGGUCGCCGAUCGAUUGUUGCCCAAGUUCAACCGACGAGCCGAAGAGCGACAACAGUCCAUCAAACCAGUGGAAUUGGGCACGCUAGAGCAAUUACGCGAGCUCGUGCAACUGGUCGCCUCCGGCGAGAUCGAACCGCCACCGCACACCGUCUAUCCCGCCGAGGAAGCCAUCGAUGUCGUACAAAAGCUUUGCUCCUCGGAGAUCCAAGGUCGUGCGAUUCUUCGCUUCUAUCCCGCAGAUUAGAGGACUUUCCGCUAAGAAAUUCCCCGCAACCGCGCGGAUUAGGAGACAGAUUUAAUGACGACAACCGAAGAGUCAAGAUGCCGGCCCCGGAUGAUGAGAAUUGUAUGGGUUAGUAUGAUUGACGUCCGUGCAUUUAACUUGACGAGUUAGACUAUCGUGAAGAAAUAGUUAUUAUUUCGUAUUGAUGGCCGGAGUUUAGAUUAGGCGUUGACAAUGCGUAUGUCAUGCGAGACGAUAGUUUGCAAAUACAAGAAUAGAGGAGGUCUUCACCGAUUGUGAGUGAAAUUCGACGAUGCGUUAACUUAAGAUUUAAUCUGUCGUAGAUCUCACAGGAGUCACGCGAGGGUUUACAGUACAUCUUGUUACGCAUAGUGAAAGAGUUGAAAAAUGAUCUCCCGGUUUAUGGUUGAUUAAACAUUGAUCGUUAACUCGAUAAAUUAUCAUCUUAUAUUAAUAAUGACACGACAUACCACGCGAAUUAUAUUUGACUUUGUCGAGUAUUUCGUGUCGCUCUUUUUAAAGUUGUUGUCAUCUUUAAAAAAGAAAGAUCUCAUUGUAUAAUGUAUGAACCAAAGAGUCUUUCUCGCCAGAGAGAUUUAUUGAUGAAAUGAAGCAGAAUACAGCUUUCGCUUAUCAUUUGAAUUGAUUGACAUCUCUUUUAGGCAACGAGUAAUUAGCUCUCAAAGAUAGGCGAAGGUAAUCACGUGUGAGUCAAACCGAGACAUAACCGAGAUAACAAUUCAGAUAAUGAUAAAGAUAUGAAAAAACAGUAUGGAGUCACUGCGACAACAAGAAACGAGCAUUAUCACCGGAGAGGUAAUGCUUUCUAUAUCUUAUUAAUGAGUCUCUAGUUGAAUAUUUUCGUCUAACGUUUUUUAGCGCAAAACGAAAUCAAGGAUGAUAUUACGAUUUAUGUGUGUCGAACACUUUAAUAAAGCGAACGGGUAAACAAAAAAUUCUAUCUUCACGGAUCUUUAAACAAAAAUUAUCGAACACGGAAACAAAGCAAUACACUCUUGAAAAUCUUGAAUAACGCGCACGAUAAGCUAACUUCAUUUCCGUCGAUGUAUAUUAAAACUUCUAUGAGUUUCUUUACCAAGUACUGGCAAUUGCAAAGAAACAUAUUAUAUUAUAGCUAAUAUGAGUACUUAAAGUCGUCGGCCUAGAAAUAGUGAUAGAAGGAUUACAGAAUUAGGACGACUUCAAAUAAUCAUAUUAACUAUAUUAUUGUUAUAUUUACAUUAUAGCUAUAAUAAUGGCUAUUUAAAACCGCUAAUAUAUCUAUAAAAAUAUCAACAGCACGAAAAGGAUUGAAGCGGAUAUUUUCUCUUGAGACAGAACGAAUGUUAGAAAGAUUUUUCUACAUAAAAAUGCUUUUCAUUAGUAUCACUGCUGCGUGUGCGAUUGUUAAAGAAGAUAUGUAUUUCUCGUAUAUAAAAUGUGUAAUUUCAAAAGAAAUUCGAAUAAUUCUAAGUCUUCGUUUACAUUAAAUAUGUACCAUAUCAUUAAACAGCCUUGUUGAACCCUAUAUACGAACGUGAAGAAGACUAGUUUGUAUGUAUAUGUUAAUAUAUAAAUUUGAUGUAAACAAAGAAUUUUAUAGAUUUAGGUAACAAUUCACCGAUUUAAUUAUCCGAUAAGACCACGAACCAGCGACUUUUAUUCUCGAAAGCGUCAUUUAUCCUAAGCGAUAUUCUUUAUAUUAGCCGGCAUCUGCUGCUAUUUUUUUCAAUUAUUGUCCAACGUCAUGACACGCAUCCUACAAUUAUUUGAAAUAUAUAGAGUCAUUACUUGAUAAUUGUUGCAGAUGUUUUUCGAUAAUUAAACAACGCAUCGACGAACACCGCUAAUGCAGUAGAAAAUACUGCAAGACCCAAACAAGUCCGAUAUUUACGAGCACUUCAAUACAUACUGCAGUGAUAUCGCAACACAAGAUCAAACGUAUGUGUAUAUUUAGUGUCAAUUCAGAAAUAAUAAUCGGGGAUACCUGUGUAAGCUUAGAAUAAGUUUUCCGUUAAGAUAAAGAUAGAAUAAAUACUUUUUCUCUGCUGUAAAGUGAAAUGUCGCGUAAUAAUGAGGUAUAAUCCUAAAAUGACAUAAAACUCGGUAAAUAAACGUAUCUACAAAGAACGUGAGUGAUAAGACGUGAAACUGUUUCGUAAGAUGUAAGUAUAACAAAAACGAAAUAAUCGUUUCGUGAAUAGAUCUAAGCUUUAUUCCGAUUCUGAACUAUAGACAUUAUUAAGAUAAACUUCUUUAUAAUAUACCUUUUAAUCAAUGAACGCACUUUUUCAGGCAUUGCCAGCCUUAAAAAUUAGAAUUUUUAUUUUGUUUUUAUAUAUAUAUAUAGGUGCUCGCGCAAGUCAGUGAAUUGAUAUCGGCGCUAUGUUUAAUUAUGCGCAAGUUUUUAAUAUGCUUUCUAAACCGACUGAAUAAAAGCAGGUUAAUUCUAAUGCAUUAUUUUUAACUAUAUUUGAUUUUCCUAGUUAAUCUUCUCUUCCAAGGCCUUUCUAGAUCCGUUAAAUGAUUAUCAUGCCAUAUAUAGUCAAUACGUUAUUUUAUGCUACCGUGCGAAUAUUUGCGUAAAACAUAUAUUAUUUCACUAAGAUUAUAUCCGAUACAUAUUAAGAUCGUAUUUAAAUGGUUGCGCAAGAGUUAUAUGCAAGAGCGCAUAUCUCGCGAAUUGCAUUUCGAGGACAAAGGGAAUGUGCGAUGUUAAAUGGUGAAUGAUUCUACACUAAUCCAGAUCUUGCUGUCACAUCUACCGAUUGUUGUGUUUCGCAAAACUAAAACACGAAAUCGUGGAGAUUCGAGCUUUAUUAUUAACCGACACAAUAAGAGCAUAAUAAAAGUUUGUAUGUAAUUCAACAUUUAACUCGCGUGAGAUGAGUCAAAUUUCAUUGAAUGUGUAUACUCGCGUCCGAAAUAUCUCGUUAAUCGUCGUUUAUUGUUAGAUCAGUAUUCACUUUUCGUUUAGUAUAAGUCAGUGUAAGUUCAUUCGCGUUAGUUUACGACGUGAGCGCGAAUAAUGAUUGCAAUGCAGUUGCAAGUCGUUGCAUCUCGAAAGACUGUUUUGUUUAUUUUAAACUAUAUACCGGUAUAUUCUCUUAUUUUGUAUCGUAUGUUUAGGCGACAGCUUAACACCGUAGUACACGCAUCGCGUGUCACAUUAUUGUACCUACUGUUGAUUGUAAAUGCAUUAUAUUACAGUAAUAAUAUAGUCAAUAUAUAUUCUCUUUUCUUUU